AUGAUAGAAAUCGCAUCAGAGCCUCCGCCUCCUACUGGGGUAAUCAUGGGCGAAACUGAUACCAAUGAAAGUGGAGAGCAGCCGGAAACUGGAUAUAUGCAAGGAUGGCCCCUCGCUUCGUUGACCUUGGCAUUUAUGUCUAUUUGCCUCGUACUAGCUAUUGACAAUACCAUUCUAUCGACGGCGAUACCCCAAAUCACCAGCGACUUCCAUAGCCUCAACGAUAUUGGUUGGUAUGGCUCUUCCUACUUGAUCGCACAAAUGGCACUGCUACCGACCUGCGGCCGCCUCUACGCAUUCUUCAACAUCAAGUGGGUGUAUUGCAUAUCGCUGGCCGUCUUCGAAAUCGGCUCCAUCAUCGCGGCAGUCGCUCCGAAUUCCGUGGCGCUUAUCAUAGGGCGGGCAGUCUCUGGUCUCGGUGCUGCGGGUUUAGUGAGCGGAACGACGACUAUUCUGUCAUAUUGCGUGUCUUUGGAGAAACAGGCAAUGCUGUCGCCUAUCGUCCUAGGCAUGUAUAACAUUGGAUCGGCCGUUGGACCACUAGUGGGUGGUUCGAUAACCGACAACAAGAAGCUGACGUGGCGAUUCAUCUUCUGGAUCAAUCUCCCUUUCGGAGCUGUUGGGCUGGUUCUAGUCUGGUUCACCUUAAGGAAACCCCCACCUGCGGUAAAGGGGGACCUGCCUUGGAAACAGAAACUACGUCAACUAGACCUUUUAGGGGCUACUGUGCUUCUCGGUGCAGUAUCAUGCUUGAAUUUAGCAUUACAGUGGGGUGGCAUCGUCUACCCAUGGUCUGAUACCAAGGUGUUCGGGUGUUUGAUCGGAUUCGGUCUACUCUUGAUUAUCUUCUUGUACUUGCAAUUCCGAAGCGAAGAAAACUCGAAUAUCCCUCUUCGCAUCUUUCGGAGUCGUACCGUAUCGGCAUCAUGCGGCUUCAUGAUGCUCGUUCAAAUGGCUAUAGUACUACAAUCGUACUUUUGGCCCAUAUACUUCCAGUCGGUCAAGAACACCAAUGCCAAAGACUCGGGAAUUAAUCUACUCCCCUUGAUAGUGUCGAACAGCCUCGCCACGAUCUGCGCGGGCUCUAUCGCGUCAAAAUUUGGGCACUAUGUACCAUUCAUGUGGGCUGGGCCUCUCGUCCUAGCUGCCGGAGGGGGUCUAUAUCAAGUAGUUCGCCCGGACAGUCCAAGCGGACAGUGGAUAGGGUUUCAAAUCUUGUCUGGGCUUGGCUAUGGUAGCUGUGCCCAAAUGCCGAUCCUGGCUGUGCAGGUUGUCCUCAGCAAGUCAGACGUACCAACAGGUCUUGUUAUGAUAAUGUUUUUCCAGGUGCUCGGGGGCGCGCUAGCUCCUAGCGUUGGACAAAACCUAUUUACUGAUGGGCUUCUGCAAAACCUCAGCAAGAUGCAGGGAAUAGAUAGUGCAGCUGUAGUGGCCGCAGGUGCAAGUGGUUUCAGGGAGGUAGUUCCUCCCGAGCUGAUGAAUGCUGUCGUGGGUACAUUUAAUUCUGCUUUAAGGAAUGUUUUCUGGGUGGCGCUUGCUACCCCAGUCCUUGCUUGGAUAACAAGCUGGGCAAUGGAGUGGCGACAAUUACCUAUAUCUAAGAAAAAGGUCAAUCAAGUUCCAGUCCAGGAGGUCGUUGAGAAAAUGGCUUGA